AUGACGGUAACGACAACAGUGCCGUAUCCUUUUCUUCCGUCUCUUCCGGCGCCGGCACCGACGUCGGCGCCGGAGACGGAGAACUCAGAGCGAGUGCGGGUGAGAGCAAAGCCGAGAAAAAAAGGCGGGGGCGAUCGAAAUCCGGUGCUUCGGCCAACGUGCCGAAUCUUAACUAUCGAACGUAACCCCCUCCAUCAACAUUCAAUUCUCUCGCAGCCCCAACUACCGCCCAUAAAUGACUCAUCUUCGUCUCCAUCCAUUCCUGUCUCUGUAUUAGGUGGUAUUCAGAGGGUGGGUGGCAGAUCUGAUGACGAAGACGAUGGCGGAGGAGGCCAUGGUGGAGGAGGAGGAGCAGCCGGGGCGGGGGAGGACGGGGUGAGGACGUUGGAGACGCUGCUGAGGGUGGUGCCGAUGGGGCUCUGCCUGGCGGCCCUGGUCGUCAUGCUCAAGAACUCCCAGUCCAACGACUUCCGCGCCGUCUCCUACUCCAACCUCGCCGCUUUCAAGUACUUGGUGUACGCUAAUGGCAUCUGUGCGGCCUACUCCCUCUUCUCGGCAUUCUACAGUGCAGUUCCCCGGCCCUCCUCGUUAUCUCGCUCGUGGGCGGUUUUCUUCUUUGAUCAGGUGUUGACGUAUGUGGUGUUGGCCGCGGGCACGGUGUCGGCGGAGGUAAUAUACCUGGCGUACAACGGAGAUAAGGAGGUAACGUGGAGCAGAGAGUGCGGGGUGUUCGGCGGGUUCUGCCGCAGGGCGACGGCGUCGGUGGGCAUCACCUUCGGGGCGGCGGCGUGCUACAUCCUGCUCUCCCUCAUCAGCUCCUACCGUCUCUUUAGCACGUUCGAAGCCCCCAUCCCUCUUCUCUCCGGCGGUAAGGCCGGAGACAUCGCUGCUUAAUUAAUUCCGAUGAAAUAUCCCUUCUAUGGUUUGGAGAAGAUUUACUGCUAGCUCUGGAUCGUAUGUCCUCUCUCUCUAUCUCUCUCUCUCUCUCUCUCUCUCUCUCAAAAUUGAAAAAUUGAAAAAAAAAGAAAAGAAAUAUGGAUGUGUACGUACCUCUAAGGCUCAUGUAUGAAGUGCGCUCAAGGUUAAACGUUUUUUUUUGUUUUUUUUUUUGCAGUAAGAUAAGAUGUUAAAUUAUUAUUUGGCUCAUGUAUGAAGUGCGCUCAACGUGUUCCCGUUGUUCUUAAACUUUUUGUUUUUUGUUUGAGUGAGAUAAAGAUGUUAAAUUAUAUGAAAUAAUAAGUAGAAAAUGGUGUAGACUUUUACGCUA